CCCACAGACUUUGCUGCCAGAGGAACUCGACAGCCAGCACUGACAGAGCUGAGACCAGAAUUGCCCAAGCCAUGGAGCGAGAGCCAAUGCGCAUAAGGGAGGGCUACUUGGUUAAGAAGGGCAGCAUGUUUAAUACCUGGAAGCCAAUGUGGGUUGUGCUCUUAGAAGAUGGAAUUGAAUUCUACAAGCGGAAGGCUGAUAACAGUCCCAAAGGGAUGAUCCCACUAAAAGGAAGCUCUGUUCACAGCCCAUGCCAAGAUUUUGGCAAAAGAAUGUUUGUCUUCAAGCUUACUGUGGCCAAGCAGCAGGACCACUUUUUUCAAGCUGCCUACCUGGAGGAGAGAGAUGCCUGGGUGCGGGAUAUCAAGAAAGCAAUUCAUCACAUAGAUGGAGGCCAAAGAUUUGCCAGAAAAUCCACAAGGAAGUCCAUCAGAUUGCCUGAAACAAUCAAUCUGAGUGCUUUGUACCUCUCAAUGAAAGAUCCUGAAAAGGGAAUAAAGGAGUUGAAGCUGGAAAAAGAUAAAAGAGUGUUUAAUCACUGCUUUACAGGCACCUGUGUGAUUGACUGGCUGGUGUCCAGCAGCUCCAUCCGAAAUCGCAAAGAAGGUCUCCUGCUUGCCUCUUCCCUCUUGAGUGAAGGCUACCUACAGCCUGCUGGGGACACGUCCAAGGCAGCUGCAGAGGGACUGUCAGACACCCCCUUCUUGGAUCUCAGUGAUGCCUACUAUUACUUUCCAGACAGUGGAUUUUUCUGUGAGGGAUAUUCCAGUGAUGAUGAUGUGGUCCUAAAAGAAGAAUUCAGAGGCACAAUUGUAAAACAAGGAUGUUUGCUGAAACAGGGACAUCGGAGGAAGAACUGGAAAGUGAGAAAGUUCGUUUUAAGAGAUGAUCCUGCAUAUCUUCACUAUUAUGAUCCUGCUGGAGGAGAAGAACCACUGGGAGCAAUUCACUUGAGGGGCUGCGUGGUGACAGCAGUGGAAGAUAUGCCAGACACCAAGAAGUAUGAUGCUGACAACAUCCUCUUUGAAAUCAUCACAGCAAAUGAAAUCCACUAUUACUUGCAAGCAGCCUCAUCCACAGAGCGUACAGAAUGGAUCAAAGCAAUCCAGUCAGUUUCUAGGACUGGUAAAUGAAGAUGAUCUUCCAACAAGACAGACAAAUUAAAUUAGUUAUUCAAAGCAAAAUUUGCCAUUUCCCUAAGAGAAAGCAGUAUCAUCUAAAGUGAUUGUAUGUUGCAGUUGAGGACUGGGUGGAAGUUUCAAUUUUAUAGUGGGCACUAACAAACUAACAUUUUUUCCACUUGUGUUAUGGUAAUAUUUUACUAAAUUAUCACAUAGAAUAUGCCAUAUUAGUGUGUUGCUUAGAGUAAUCAGUUGACCUUGACAAGGUUGUACCUGUUACCGCAGCUGAUAUUGGGAAUCUCACCAUUAACAGGGAACACAGUCAUGUCACUGACAGAGAGUACCUCAAUUAAUCACUCUCCUCAGCCUGUGGUGUGUUUCAGGAUUUUCACUGUCUUCUCCACACAAGUUUUACACUUUCUUCUUUACCAGAUCUUGUUGCUGCUUGUUCACUUAUACAAAUAAUGCCACAGAUAUAAGGAAAAGAAGUCAACUCAUUUGGAAACCUGAUCCACUCCUUUCCAAUCUGUCAGCAUUAAGGGAGGGAAGAAUGCAGACAGCUAUGGAAACACCAUAGUAUAACUCCAUGGAGUUAUAUAUAUGCUAUGGAACCAAGUAUAACUCCAUGACAGCAAUAUGAGGAAAAGUCUCUUCCACAGUAUUUCAAACACAAAGGAAUCUCACUCCAAACUCUGUAUCACCCAAUUUUAAACCUUGCCAAAUUUCUUCACAAGAAUCUGCCCCGGGACCAUUGUUUCCUUUUAUUUAGGUCUACAAAGCAGAUGGUGGGUUGUUAGGUACAGCACUCUAUUUGAAUUAAGAAUCUUGCAGGAGAAGGGCAAGGAUGCAUGGGUUGGUUAUUUGAACUAUUGAUUGAAGUGGUUUUGAUUAGGUUUUCCUUUUUUAACCUCCAGUACCAUACUCAGUCCUUGAUUCUGUGCCUUAGAAAUAUAAGAGAAACCUUGUGCUUGUAACUGAAAUAAAUAUUUUUAUUUGAUAAUCAGUUCACCUGAUUAAUCCUUGCAUUUUUGUCUGACUCUAUAUCAAACAAAUUUCUAAGUCUUAAAAUCUAAGGAGGAGUUGAAAAUCAAGUUAAUGUCAGACUCUGCGUGUAGGCUGUUCCUGGUACAGACUGAGGUUUGAGUGAAGGAGACUUCAAAAUCUUUAAAACUCUGUUCAUAGAUCUAAUGAGGUACCUUAUACUUAAGAAUUCUUAUUGGGAUCUCUCCCAUCUAAAAACAAAUGCAGACCUAAAGCUUCUCUCCAGUUGUGCUUAAUUAUACCUGUAGCUGAGCUAAUGAGCCUGAAGCCCUGUUGCCUUGCAUUUCUUAUCCCAAAGAAAACACAGCCUUGCAGGAGCAGCAGGCUGAGACACUGCAUCAUCAUGCCCACUUCAGCUGGCCAGCAGAAAUCAGUUUCUGGCAGGCAUUUCCUGUCUCUCAUGCAAGCUACCAGGAUCGUUGAAGUCUGAUGUGUCAUUCUGAGGAAGGAAGACUAAUAGUAAAAAGACCCACUUUUUGCUCAGCCUGCUUUCUUGAUAAUUGCUGCUUGUUGCUGCUUAUUUUGCUUUCAGAGCUCACUAACCCAAAAAUACCCAAGGGCACAGGAAAAGAGACAAAAACACCCCACACAACCACAUAACAGAAACUUGUCCAGCUUACCAAAGGAGAGAUGUGACUGCCAAAACUUAAUAAAACUAAAAUGUUUUACCAGUCCAUGACCUUAUAAUUUUAACUUGUGCCCAGUCCAAGGUACGGCUGUCCACCGUAAAUGCUGUUUUCUCAGGCAGAGGGUGAUAGUCAGUGUAUUUAUGGGAGAGCUCUUAUAUUUGUACCAUCCUAUAUUGAUGGGGUCUGUGAUCUCACAGCUAGUGCUUCAGAAGACACAUUUCAAGGGUUUGUAGGUGCCUCUGCUUCUUGGCAGCAGUGAGAAGAUCCAAGGGAAUUCAGAAUUAAAAAGCAGCUACAUGUCAAUCAG